CAAGAGCGCCACGAGAGAAAGGUUGCGCUGGACCGCGUUCGAAAAAGUGAUAUUUUCUCUCAGUGCCAGCUCAAUCCCCGAGCGAAUAGUUUCAGUGAUAAUCUAACACAUGUGUAGUGCGCCCCAAGCUUACCGGCCAUGCUUUACCUGCAGGUGACAUUAUUAUGUGUGUGUUGCGUGCAAUGGAUUUACGUCGGAGCCGAGGAAACUUCCACUUUGUGGUCACCGCUCGGCACUCGAGGCUAUGAAGAAAAUGCGACGGCGGAUAGCACCCCGUCGGUGGGGGCGGAGGAGACUGAGGUGACGAGCGACUACCCGGGCGGCGCGGGAGUGGAGCCGACGACGACACCCACGAGCGACGCGGAGGGCCGCGAGGCGGGCGCAGGGACGAGCGCGGUCGAGCGACAGCUCCACGCGGCAGCGGGAGCCGCCACCAGGACCAGUCGGCCGGAGAAAGCUGCGCCAGAUACUCCCGCCGGUUCAUCUUCGUCUUCGUCUUCGUCUGCCACUCAUGACCACGUUGAGGAUCCCGAUCCGAGGGACUACUACUCAUCGGUCGACGAAGAAAAAGGCCCGAAAAUCACUCUCUUCUCCGCCUCCGGUGUCCUGAGCGACGAGUCUCAGUUCUCAACGCGGACCGGCGAGCCGCGCGCAUCGACGGAGCCCAGCGCCACGGCCAACACCGCACAAGGGGGCUUCUCCUCAACGACCCCGUACCCACCUUUCUCGAGCCAGUACUUCGAGGACGCCAGGGACAGCCCGUCCAACACCGAGAGUCCAUCGAAAAGCGAAGACACAGCCACGAACCCGUCCACCGAUCAACCCUCCGACAACGACAUCAACGAAACCUUCGACGCCAAGCCUUACCGCCCCAGCUACCUCUCCUCGAACUACAUAGAGGACUCCCAGCCGAGCGAGUCGAAAACCUCCUUGCUCAGCGAACUAACGAACGCCCUCCGCGCUGCUUUGCAGGAGAAUCCGGAAGAUGGCGCCAACGGCAGCAACCUGCACAUUACCACCUACUUGGCGGAUACCAACGCAGCAGCGCCGCUCAAGAACUACACCGCCGAGCAUAACGAAACCCUAGCGAAACUAGCGGAUUCCAUCUCGGAGUACCUCGCGCAUGAAGAUGAACAAGACGCGGCGACCGCCACGCCUCCCAACGAAGCGAAUGAAACACCGGUAUUCGAACCCACAGCCCCGAUCGAAGACCAAAACGUCACCCCAUCUAUGAAACCUAUCAUUGUUACCGAUUUGGUGUACUACAAUACACAGCCUCAACCGAAUGACCCGAAAUCCAAUUACAACUCGCAAUCGAAUGAUAUCCAGCAGUCCAACUACAGCCCGCAGCCGAGCGACAGACCCAACUACAUCACCUUACCGAACUACAGCCCGCAACCGAAUUACAUCCCACAGUCGAACGAGAUCCCGGUCGCUAACUACAGCCCCAACCCGCAGCCCAACUACAUCACACUGCCGAACUACAGCCCGCAGCCAAACUACAUAUCACCAUCGAACGAUGUUCAAAACGCCAACUACAACGCCCAAACCAACGAUGGCCAACAAGGUAACUACGUUUCCUUGCCUAAUUACAGCCCGCAACCGAACUAUAGUCCUCAGCCGAAUUACAGCCCACAGCCAGCGUACAGCCCGCAGCCUGUAUACAACCCGGCUUACUACUAUGAAACCGAGCCGGUCGAAUAUCAAACGACUCCAACAGUGGAGCCGGCCGGAAACAGCACGAGUCCCGUCGGUGGAGUGGAGAGCUACAGCAACGGAGAAUCCGGCCAGUUGAAAGUUCAGGCUCAGCGUGACGUCACAUCCACAGCGGGAACCACUCAACAUACGACCACCGUCCGAGAGGCGUCGACUCCGCCAACCGUAAACGCCGAGGACCGGAUCACCGGAACCACGCAACAGAGCUACGAUUACUCAUCGUCGGCCUCGGAACAAGUCGAGGUCGCCAACUUGAAGAACUACGAGAUCUUCGGGCAGAAAAUCGUCAAGGACAGCAACAAAGAAAAGAAGGAGGUGAGCGUGGAGAAGCAAGAGCUGGAAGCGAAACCGGUCUACACGACCGUCGUCGAGAUCCAGAAAUCCAUCCCCCUCGAAAUCAAAGAGGUCGGCCAAAACAACUACGACGUCUUCGUCGACCCGAGCGCCAAAGCUCCAAACCCCCUACAAGAGGUCAUCGGGAACAACGUCGAGUCUCAACAAACGGUCGGCGAGUACCCCCAGCCCCAAAGGCCGCAAGGCGAGUACCAGCAGCAGACAGUCGAGUACCAGCAACCCCAACAAACGCCCGAAUACCCUCAGCAACCUUUAUUCCAGCCACAAUUACCGUCAUCCGAGUACAUGACUCUGGAGCAGUACCAGGCGCAGAGGUACCAGGAGGGUGCCCAGAACGGACAGCAAAUGUUCCUGAUCCAAACGCUCCCAGCGCUCAUCCCAGCCGAGGUGAUCGGCAACACGAUCCACCCUCUUCGCGAACAGCAAGAACAGAUGGCCUCCGAGAACCAACCCUACGCGUCCCACUACAUCGACCAAAUGGCGGCGGUGCCUGAACCCGCUGUAGUGCCUCCUCCACCGCAACAAAACGUGAUUGUAAAUCUCGAACAACCAGUACCGCAACCGCUCAAACACCAUUCGCUCCACUACAACUUGAUCAACGAGCCACACUACGGUCGCCCGGCCGUUCCGACGUACAGCCCAAUCUUGUACCACCGCCUCUACGGCGACAAAACCAACUCCCACAAAGGGUACAACCCAGUCAAAUCGCACCCGGUACAGAUCCCCCACGCGGUACCGAUCCCUCUGACGAAAAUCCUCCCACCAGCACCGCUGCCCGUCCCGAUUCACUACGCCCCACCGCAGUACCAACCACCCCCUUACAACCCGAGCUACGCCGCCCCCGUUAACUACGCGCCGAUCCGGGAGUCGGCCCCUGAGAGUCGGUUGCCGUACGGGCACAGUUUCCCCUACGGGAAGUCGAAGAUCUCGAUGGAGAAGUUGCGGCAGCAGAUCUUGAGGUACGAUCCCCACGCGAGGAACCCUCCGUUCCGGCCGAGCAUGCAGCUCUACGAUUCGGUGUACCCCCCGCAGAUGUUCUACGAGGAGAGGGUCAUCACGAAGAGGGGCUCCGGGGCGAGGGGCACGCGAGGCACUUACUCCAAGAAGCUGUGCGUCGAGUACGGAGGGUUCAAGCCCCCGCUCAUCCCCUCGGUCGAGAUCAAAGACGACCCCGCCACGAGCUUUGCCAAGAAGAGCGACGAGAAAAACUAGGAGCUCGCAUUAUUAGUGUAAGAUCUUCAGUUGCCAUGAGUUGUCAGUGAUUAUACCUUUCGGUUAGAUUACGCUCUAGUUAAACCUAGCUAGUCGCAAAUUAAAAGCACUGGAUUUGUGAUAGCAGCGGGCUGAUUGUUGAAAUUGAUAGACAAAGAUAUUGGCAAGGAAGACAUAAGGAGUAAGGAGCUAAUUAUUGGUUGAAAUAAGUGGUUCUUAUAGACUAAGGGAGAAAAUGAUGGACUAACUAUAAAGUCGUCCGUGAGUUGCCAUUAGUUAGUCUAUUACCUUCCUCCUUUGUCCACUGCAAAAACCCGCCUACGCCAAUAGAAUCCCUCUAUAUCCUAUCUAUAUACCCUCUAUAUCCUAUGUCUUCUUUGUCUAUCGCUUUGUCUACUUGUUUCAAUAAUCAGUUCGCAGGUUACAGUGGCGGGUAAGAUAAAAUAACUUUUCACUGUUGUGUCCCGAAUAUUUGAUUUGCCCUUACCACACGGAGAAAAUUUCGCGAAUGGAACCUGGGUGCUUCGGAUUCAGAACAAAUUUUCGGACCUUCUAUCCAAAAAAGUGCUGAAGUUCUGGUCACACAUCAAAGGUGAUUUAGAGCUUUGUUUGAAACUUUUACGGAGUCAACCAAAGCACCGCAGUACUUUAGAUGUUUGACUUGAACUUUGGCAGCUGGACCUUGAGAUUUUGGAUGCUCAAUUCGAAAACUUCAGAAAUUCACAUGACCUGAUCUUCGGGUUCCACGUAUGAAGUUAUUUUUUCCGUGAAUAGGUUUAAAAAAAAUUACUAAAAUUUUUUUUAACAAAGCAUGCCAUCUUUGAUAAAAGUAGCUUUGAGAAGGUUUUCCAUUGCACAUCAUUUGAUCAGUUUUAAUCUGUACCACUAAAAAUCUAAAACUUUUCGCUUUGUUUAAGUGGAUUUUCUGAGAGUUUUAGCAAUACUUCACUUGUUUAUAGUUAGAAGACAUUUUGUCUCACAUAUCCGCGUCGAGGAUCCUUUCAAGCAAGUCAACGUUAUAUUUCAAAUCACUAUAGACAGAGAAACGUAUUAUUUUUUUUUUAUAAUUAAGUCGUAACUGAUGAGGACAAAUUAUGUAAAAUGAGAAAAUUGUGUUAAAGGUACUGAAAGCAGACAUUUUUUCUCCUGGUAAGAUGGUUCGUUAUAGAAAAAAAUUGAAUAUUUGGGACACGGAAGUAAGCGGUUAUUUGAUCUUACACAAACGUUAAGAUCACCUUUGAAUCUCAUUUGCGGUUACGUGCUGUAAAAUAUGAUGGACACAAGCUAGUUGCGCCUUCCGUAAAAAUGUGAAUAUGACGAGGAUUUGAUGAAUGCAGAAUUGAAAGGACUGGCGGAGAAUCGAAUAAUUUAAAAAUGUUUGCACCAUGACCAUUGAGAUCAGAUCAUACAUAUGCAGUCACUUAUUUUUAUUUUUUAGAAGCCUAAAAAAUUCAAAUGCAUAUUAAUUUUUGCGCUUGACGGCCUAGGACGGAUUUUUCGAAUGAGGAUAUUCAAAGCAGGUAGUUAAAAAGUUAGGUGCAUGGAUGAAGCCUGUGAUAGAAAAGCUCACGUGGGAAAUUCAAUUCAUCAAGUAAAAAAGGAACUUUAAAAUUUUAAGUAUUUAGUGAACAUUCUCUUUCAAAACGUAGACAAAAAGUUAUGCGCUUCCUAAUUCAUUGCUGUGUUUAUUCAACACCGAAAUUUUCUCCCAAUUGAAUGGGUUAAAAACGUAAAUUUUUGAACAUGGAAAAUCUGAACUUUUUGAAAGUGGAAAAAUGGAGAAAAAUGUAAAUUUUCAAAAGUAUUUCUCUCAUGUACGUUCAUUCUAUCCGAAAAAGUAAAGAAAGGCUUGUUGAAGAUUUUCUUUUGAUCAAGAUAUGCUAGAAGAGAGAUCCGUGGAAUAUUAAAUAGGUAUAUUCCAAAAAGCCACGAUUCAUUCUAUUCUGAUAAAAAAUUCGAGAAUAUCUUAGUAAAUCAUCUUUAAGAAACAAUUUCCGAAUCAAAGAAUGCAAAGCAAAUUUACAACUACAUUCAAUAAAAUAUUCUCAUUAUUCGUAGUCUCUCCUUUAAUGCCUUAUAAAAUCUGUUUAAUUUUUUAUUUUAUUUUUAUUUUUGGACCUGAGGUAAAACCAUGGUCUUUUUCGAACAUUUCGGAUCAAAAGUAAAUUUUGGUGCAUCGAUGAAACACGAACAACAGAUCACCUGAUCUUAUUGCACGUAAAAAGAGGGAUAAUCAGUGAAUCUCGCUUUUGAAAGUCUGCAUACUACAAAAUUUACCCACCUUUAGAAUUCCACGCCAAAUUGAUUGAAACGAUUAGUUUUGAUUGAAAUCAAAUUUGCUUGAGAUGGACACAUUUUAGUAAUGAAAUGGUUUGUCUCACACAUUAUUUUAAGAACGGAUAAAUAUUUCCAAUGUAUGUUGGUACCUCUGUAAAAAUAUUUUCAAAUGUACAUAUCAACUGUAUAAAGGUUAAAUUAUUUUUAGUUGUUAUCAUGAUCGUAAGCCAAAUAUUAUUUAUUGAUUUUUGCUGUAAUUAUAAUUAAGGGUGCUCAUAAUUGAAAAAGUAAACUUUUUUCUUUCUA